AUGGCCGAGUAUGUCGAUUAUCCAAACUCGACACAAUACGAAGUCAGCAGAAAUAGCUACUUCACCCAGCAGCAGCGCGCCCUCCGCCCUGCUUGUUACGUGCGCCCGGAAAAUGCCAUUGAAGUCGCCGGCAUCAUGAAGACCCUCACGGCAACAAAUGCCACGUUCAACGUCAAGAGUGGCGGCUUCUCGCGCUUUGCCGGCGCCUCCAGCAUCGACAGCGGCGUGCUAGUCGAUCUCGCCCGCAUGAACAAGGUUCAAGUCCUUCCUACAGGAGGCACCAUGAUGGCCGGCCCGGCCGCAAAGUUCUAUGGUAUUUACCGCCGCUUUGACGACAAGAAGAUGGCGGGCAUAGGCCCCAAGAAUGGCGAUCUAAGCGUCGCAGGAUACUUUCUCGGCUGUGGCUUUUCAUUCUAUUCGCAGCAUUCUGGGUUCGCCUGCGACGACGUGUGGAACUACGAAGUUGUCACGGCAAAAGGGGAAAUCAUCAGAGCCAGCAGCGAGGAGAACCACGAGCUCUUCUAUGCCCUUCGUGGCGGCGGCGGCUCCAGCUUUGGAAUCGUCACCCGCUUCGAUUUUGUUCGCUUCUUUAACAAGAAGACAUGGUGGCAGCACAUCAUGUUUCCUGCUUCCUUGAAUCUGGAAGUGAUGAAGGCCUAUGCCAAUGCGGCAAAGAAGGUUCUUGGAAAAGACUUGUACUCCCAUAUGUUCCUGAUGACCUUCUUCUCAGAAGACCACCAAGAGUACGUGACCGAGGUCCACAUCGUGCAUUCCGGGAAAGACACGUCGCAUGACCGAAAGCCGCCGAGAUUGUCAAAGCCUUUCAAAAAGCUUACGGGAGCCCUACAGAACAUCACCGAGGGAAACGGAGUUGCCAACUUAACACAAACCUUCAUGGAGCCUGCUGGCCUCCGUCGCUCGGCCUGGUCGACCUCGUUUGGCUUCGAUAAGCCCGAGUUCCUCGCCGAAAUUCUCUCCCGCUGGCAAGCAAUGGAUGAGAAACUCAAGAGCUUGCCGGGCCAGAGAAACUUUAGGUCAGAGAUAGAACUCCAGCCCGUGUCGAAACGCAUGAUUUGGAACGCGCGGCACAAGGGCGACAAUGCCUUGGGAUUGCCCAUUUCAAUGGUCCCGAUGACAUACGUCCUCUUUUCCGUGCAGUGGGACGACCCGGCCUUUGAUGAUAUCGUGGAAGCUGAGUCUAAGCGUUUCAUCGAUGGAAUUGAAGAGACGGGGAGGCAAAACGCCCAGCUUCGCGGCGUCAUACACAUGAACUACGCUCAUCCCAGCCAAGAUUAUUGGGCGCGUCUGAACCCAAAGUCUUAUGAUAGGCUGAUAAUUGCGGCGAGGAAUUGGGACCCAGAUCGCGUGCUGAAUAGGCUGUGGAGGGGCUAUUUCAAGUUUGAUCAUGAAGUUGGCGGAUAG